AUGUCUCUCUCUCCCUGCCGGGCCCAGAGGGGCUUCAGUGCUCGCUCAGCCUGUUCUGCUCGCUCGGGGGGCCGAGGCAGGGUCAACGUCAGCAGCAGGAGCCUCAGUUCCUUUGUGGGGUGCCAAGGAGGCUCUCGUGGGAGGGCCUGGGGUUCAAGGGGAAGGCUAGGGGUGCGGCAUGGGGAGGGGAUCGGUGGGCCUGGGCUUUCCCCGUGCCCUCCGGGAGGCAUCCAGGAAGUGGUCAUCAACUGGAAUCUGCUGACCCCACUGAAGAUUGAGAUCGACCCCCAGUUCCAGGUGGUUCAGACUCAGGAGACCCAACAGAUCAGAACCCUCAACAACCAGUUUGCUUCUUUCAUUGACAAGGUGCGGUUCCUGGAGCAGCAGAACAAGGUCCUGGAGACCAAGUGGGACUUGCUGCAGCAGCAGGAGUUGAGUGACAGUCCCCAGGCCCUGCAGUCUUUCUUCGAGGCCUAUCUGGUCCAGCUCAGGAAGCAGCUGGAGCAGCUGCAGAGAGAACGAGGGUCUCUGGACGCCGAGCUGAAGUCCUGCCAGGACCAGCAGGAAGAGUAUAAAGCCAAGUAUGAGCGGGAGGCCCACAAGUGCGCCACACUGGAGAAAGACUUCGUGGUCCUCAAAAAGGAUGUGGACGGGGUUCUCUCGAGCAAGAUGGAGUUGGAAGGCACGGUGGAGGCUCUGAAAGAGUACAUCUGCUUCUUGAGGCAUCUGUAUGAAGAAGAGCUGGGCCAGCUGCAGACCCAGGCCAGCGACAUGUCUGUGGUGUUGUCCAUGGAAAACAACCGCCGCCUGGACUUCAGAGACCUCAUCGCCGAGGUCUGUGCCCGGUACGAGGAGAUCGCCCGGACCAGCAAAGCCGAGGCCGAGAUGCUGUACCAGACCAAGUACCGGGAGCUUCAGGUGUCUGCCCAGCUUCAUGGGGACCAAAUGAAGGGGACCAAAGUCCAGAUCACUCAGCUGCAGCAGGCGAUUCAGAAGCUGCAGAGUCAGACUGAGAACCUCAAAAAGCAGAAUGCCAACCUGCAGGCUGCCAUCGCCCAUGCCGAGCAGCGUGGGGAGCUGGCCGUCAAGGAUGCUCAGGCCAAGCUGGCCGAGCUGGAGGCCGCUCUGAGAACCGCCAAGCAGGACAUGGCGCGGCUGCUGCGCGAGUACCAGGAGCUGAUGAGCUCGAAGCUCUCCUUGGAUGUGGAGAUCGCCACCUACCGCAGGCUGCUGGAGGGCGAGGAGUGCAGGAUGUCUGGGGAGUGUGCCAGUCAGGUCACUAUCUCCGUUGGGGAAGGCAGCACCAUAGUGUCUGGAGGAGCAGAUAGUGGCCUGGUGGGCACUUGUGGACUCGGAGGCGGGAAUGGCAGCUUUGGGUCCAGCUGCUCCAGCAUCGUGACCGGUGAAUCCAAUGUCAUCCUGGGCUCCGGGCAGGGCCCCUUUCUGGGCUCUUGCUCUGUGUCCGGCUCUGGCUCCAGCUCCACCUGCCACACCAUCCUGAAGAAGACGGUCGAGUCAAGUCUGAAGACGUCCAUCACAUACUGA